UGCACUCCAGCCUGGGCGACAGAGUGAGACUCUGUCUUUAAAAAAAAAAAAAAAACAGCAAGAGUGCAGGCGUAAAUCAGGACACAGCCUCGUUUUAACCAAAGCUUGGACUUUCCUAUCCAAGCAUGAUGGAGGGAGAAAAGCAGGGGAUUCCGGAUUCUGUGUAGGAGGGUGAUUCUCAUGUCAUCUGCAGUGAACACAGUGUCCCAGACCAUGGGGUCUAAGCUAGGUACAGAAAGGAGAAGAGGACCUGAAGGAAGGAAUGAGGAACGGGGAAGAGGUGGCAGGGCUGAUACAUUUAUACGUUUGUUUAAAAUACCUGUCUUGGUUUCUUAAUGGAGUCCAAGCAUAUCCCCACCCCUCUGCAACUCAUCCAGGAAUCACUAACGGUCAGAGGAGUGUUGUGCACCACAGGCCAGUCUGUCCUGGUGUCGGAUGUUAAAAGUGGAGCCACAAAGAAGCCAUCUUACAUGGGACGGGCUUGGGUGUGAGGCCAGAGCUGUGGGUAGCAGCACUUUGGGUCAGAAGUGAGGAGCAGAGGAAACACUUUCCACCUCUUGGAUAUGAAUUUUAUCUGGCCCUGAUUCAGGAGAUCCCCAUCUGUUAAGUAAGGGGAAAGAUGAUUUUGUUGUCUUUUGUUUCAGAUUCUAAUGUAGGAACUGGUGAGAAGAAGGUGACUGAAGCCUGGAUUUCUGAGGAUGAAAACUCCUAUAGGAUGAUGUCAGAUAAACUCACAGUGAUGGAGCUCCCUUCUCCCGAGUCUGAGGAAGUCCGUGAGCCCAGAUUAGGGGAGCUUUUGGGAAAUCCAGAAGGUCAGAGCCUGGGGAGUUCCCCCUCUCAGGACAGGGGCUGCGAGCAGGGGACAGUGACCCAUUGGAAGAUCCACACAGGAGAGACGGCUCCAGUGUGUGCCAAGUCAGGAAGAAACCCUAUUCUGAACUCAGACCUCCUUCUGCUUCAGAGAGAGCUCAUAGAGGGGGAUGCCAAUCCUUGCGAUAUCUGUGGCAAAACCUUCACGUUUAGUUCCGACCUAGUUAGGCAUCGGAUUUCGCAUGCUGGGGAGAAACCUUACAGGUGCGAUCAGUGUGGGAAAGGCUUUGGCCAGAGCUCACACCUUAUGGAGCACCAGAGAAUUCACGCUGGAGAGAGACUCUGCGUCUGUAACGUGUGUGGGAAAGACUUCAUUCACUAUGCAGGUCUCAUUGAGCAUCAGCGCGUUCAUUCAGGAGACAAGCCCUUCAAAUGCGCACAGUGUGGGAAGGCGUUCUGUCACAGUUCAGACCUGAUUAGGCACCAGAGAGUUCACACCAGAGAGAGACCUUUUGAAUGCAAAGAGUGUGGAAAAGGCUUCAGUCAGAGCUCCUUACUUAUUCGUCAUCAGAGGAUUCACACGGGAGAAAGGCCCUAUGAGUGCAAUGAGUGUGGGAAAUCCUUCAUAAGGAGCUCGAGCCUCAUUCGCCACUAUCAGAUCCACACAGAAGUGAAACAGUACGAAUGCAAAGAAUGUGGGAAGGCAUUCCGUCAUCGCUCAGACCUUAUUGAGCACCAGAGGAUCCACACCGGAGAGAGACCCUUUGAAUGCAACGAGUGUGGGAAAGCCUUUAUUCGGAGCUCGAAGCUCAUUCAGCAUCAGAGGAUCCAUACUGGGGAGAGGCCUUACGUGUGCAACGAGUGUGGGAAGCGCUUCAGCCAGACGUCAAACUUCACCCAGCAUCAGAGAAUUCACACUGGAGAGAAGCUCUAUGAAUGUAACGAGUGUGGGAAAGCUUUCUUUCUGAGUUCAUACCUGAUUCGACACCAGAAAAUCCACACGGGAGAGAGAGUGUAUGAAUGUAAGGAAUGCGGGAAAGCGUUUCUCCAGAAAGCCCAUCUCACCGAGCACCAGAAGAUCCACUCUGGGGACCGGCCCUUCGAAUGUAAAGACUGUGGGAAAGCCUUCAUCCAGAGCUCCAAGCUGCUUCUGCACCAGAUCAUUCACACUGGAGAAAAGCCCUAUGCCUGCAGUUAUUGUGGGAAAGGCUUUAUUCAGAGGUCAAACUUCCUUCAGCACCAGAAAAUUCACACUGAAGAGAAGCUCUAUGAAUGUAGUCAGUAUGGGAGAGAUUUUAACUCAACUACAAACUUUAAAAAUAAUCAAAGUGUUCACCAAGAGGGACUCUCCUUGAGUAAGGCCCCCAUACAUUUGGGCGAGAGGUCUGUUGAUCAGGGGCAACACAUAGAUAACUUAUAAAAUAAUUAUCCUCCCGCCCAAUGAGUGAUGUUUGGAAAUGCAUGGAAUUAAGAUUCAUGUGUUUCUAAGAUUUGGACAUGUCAGAAUUUUGUGAAUCAUGGAUGGAGCUGCUUUUGGAGUGGAUGCCACCUGCCACUGUGCAGCACUAGCAGGCUCACCCUUCUCCUCAGCUGUGAGCACUGUCCUCGGGAGAGUCACAGGGCUUGACACCUGACUCUGAGCUGGAACAGUAGGGGCAGGGAGGAGACAGGUCUCAAGAAAAGGUUUUUUAAACAUUUUUUCCACAGUUACAGUCCAUCCUUGAGUUAAAUCCCUUUUAGAGCAGAACUGUGUAUCUAAUCUUGUUAGUUAGGAGAAUCUUACCUAGGAAAUUUUGAUCUAUUAAGUUGAAGAAAGAUAACUUGCAUACAAACCCCCGAGCCAUUUCCCUGUUGUCUGGAGGAGGCACUCCAGGUCCCCAUCCUGGGCCCUAAGGCCUCCGGUGUCCCGGAGCCUCGCCUCCCACUGCCUGACUUCCUGCCACACAGUUAAUGCUGCAGCAACACCAACUGCUCUAUCUUCCCUGCGCUCCACUUGGCUUCCUCCCUCUCUCGCCUUUGAUCUUGUUAAAGGGUCUCCUCAGCUCAUUAACUCCGAAUCAUGGUUCAAGACAUGCCUCAGGCAUCAUGUCAAGGGAUGUUUCCCUCAGGCUUAGUUGGCAGCGCUUUCCACACUUCUGUGGCUCAGUGAUUGCUGCUAUUACUGUAUUUACUUGCAUAUGUCCGAAUGACUUGGUAGACUAUCUCUGCUGUUAUACUCUGAGUUCCUGAGGACGGUGAUCAUAGCUGAUUGAUUUCCAUGUGUCCACUGUCUCUCACAAGGCAAUAAAAAAUACACCCCUAAAUCUACGUGU